UCCGUGGCAGGUAGGGGGGGGGCUCGAGCCCCCCCGUGGCUACGCCACUGCGUCAUACUAAUCGAAAUAUCGUAUCCACCGGAUCCUCUGCUAGCGUCGUUCUGUAUUGUGUAACGUUCAUUGGUUGCUUUGCCGCCCCGCCUCUUUCGUAGCUCUUUACCCUCCCCUAGAAAAUAUCCUGGGAACUCGAUCCAAUAGCCCUUGACCAAUAGGGUGCGCCCUUCUCCGCUGAGGGCGCUCUGAGUUCAGGAGCUGUUGGUAUGGACUGCUGGGUUCUGUAUCGACCAGCAGCCAUAAACACGGCUCCCUGGAACUUCAGCGACGGUUCUGUGAACCGAAACUUCCUGAAUGUUGGGUGGGGCGCUCCCUUGCCGAGCGAUCUCCCUGCCCAUAUGACGGCGCAUAUUGCUCGUGGUGGACCAUACAGUGAUUUAUCCAGCCGAUUCCUUCACAGAGCAAACAGCCCACCACUAUCUGCUUUUUUUUUUUUUUUUUUUUUUUCCUGUGCACCCUCUACACAGGCGGACGGUUGUUAUUUCAACUUUCGAUAUAUGGCGACGAUUAUACGUUUUUUUUUUUUUUUCAACACUUCGUGCUUGCGAUUUUGCAUAACUCAGACAACGCAGCCAGGGUCUGAAUCGGCCCCACGGUCGCUGCGCAGAAGGCGAUUGAAUCACUCAAAGAAGAUAGCGAACAAGGUGGAAGACGACGACGCAGCACGACUAUAGUGCCCUUACCUUUCUAUCCUCGUGCGUGAGAAAACGGGACGACGACACAACAGUCUUUGGCCUUUCAAGGGGGAAGCGGAUGCUACAAUAACCAUUCAGUUUGGAGCCACCCUCAAGUUAUGUUGGCAUAUUGCAGCUGCUGCAUUCUGCCCCUUAUGUUCGGGACCAUCGUGGUUGCAAACGCUGGGCCCGAUUCCUCGACAGACCACCUCCUGGACGACACGGCAUUGCCGAGUCAGCACAGACUCUCCAGCCGCCGUCUACAGCAGGGACCCCGGUUAGCUUUUACAACAAGAACCAUAGAUCUGGAGCAUGGGCGUCAAAAUCCUCGAGCACCAGGGAGGUUUACCAGCCAUGCGCCCCACGACAAGGAUGAAAGACCGGGCGACGUCGUCUUCAACAAGCUCAACAAAAGGCGGAUACCUGUAAAACCGGAGUCUGGGCGGACGCCACCGACGCCAGUUAGACGCGAGAAGUGCGACAGUGACUACGACUGCCGUCGGACACCAAGCCAGAUCUGUGUCAGACGUGCGCACGAGUCGUAUGGCCGGUGUCAGUGCCCAUUUUACAGGCCCGUUGAGAUCAGCAUUAAUGACAGAACGCGUUGCGUUACAGCCAAAGACAUAUUUGACGAGUGCCGUACCACGGAGGAGUGCGCUGCUACUGACAAGAACUUGCAGUGCAUCAAUUACUUAUGCCUCUGUACCUCACCCUACGCAUUAGGAGAGGAUGGAAACUGCAUUUUGGGAAGUGGAAUGCAAGGGAAGCGCUACCAACCCUUUCUUCAAGGAGCUUCAGCCUUCAUCGUAUUGUCCCUUGCAUCUGGCGCGCUAGUCUUCAUAACUAGAAAGUUCAAAAAGAAGAGGAGGGACAGUGAGAGCUCCGACACGAGUAGCAGUUUAUCCAGCACCAGGCGCAUGUCAAGUGUCCUAUCGCCGAUCCCACGAGCAUCCUCUCUUGCACAACACUUACCUGUUCCACGCGGCAGCGUACUGAAGAACGUCAGGCUUCCCGCAUUCGCGCAAGAACACAUGAAAUAUAUCUACAACCGCUCCGGAUCAAUGUCCGUCCCGUCUUCGAGCACAACUGUCGAACGUUCUACGGAUAAACCUGCUCCCAGUCAGCCUCAAGAACAUAUGAAGACUCUGUGGGGAAUGCAGAAGUUUCGCAACAUGGCAUCGCCGCUGUUCCAGAACAAGUUGAUCCAGAGCUUCAGGAAAGGGCCGCCACAGGCCGACGAAGAGGCCAGCAGGUCUGUUCCCAUUGAAGAGAAACCUGGUCAAUUGAAAGCGUCGAUGAAACCUCGACAAGCUCCUGUGCAACGGCCAACGACACAGAGCAGUGAGUUCCCCACGUACUCCAUUGACACUGCAUUGUCAUCGAUGCUCCAGUCUUCUUCGGCGCGUCCACAGAGGAGCAGGUUCAGCUCUGCCCCUUAUCGAAGCGAGGACAUGACAUCGUACACGUCUUACAAGUUUUCGCACGAAGCUACCGUUGACGAAGAUCGUUCGGCGCGUCCGGUGCAGGACGUACAGCAGGUCAGCCGUUCCAGGUCCCGCCAUGAGGAGAAAGAAGGGUUUCAUUUAGAAGAUGACCACGGCCGGACGAGGAAGAAAGUGAGCUUCGCGCGACACUGAGACUUGAUCCCCUCUUGUUGCUCGAGUUGGUAUAGCUUGGCAUCGUGUUUCCCGGAGGUCAUGCCCAAUAACUUAUCCGAUAUCGCGCGUAUAUAUACGAUAGGCAAUAAACUUUUUAUGCAA